AUGCUAACAAUGUCGACUCUCAUGAUGCCUGCGGCGACUAUGACAACGAUGACGAACGCUGGACCAAUCCCAGUUGCGGCCGCGACUAAACUGGAGCCGAAGUUACUGCAGCUGCCACAUCCCGCGCUGAUGCAGCAGCUACCACAGCAAGCGGCGCCACAGCAACAUCACCAUCAACAGCAGCACCAACACAGCAACAAUAAACUCGAACAUUAUCACAUCUUCGUCGGGGAUCUGAGUCCAGAGAUUGAAACGCAGAGUUUGCGAGACGCCUUCGCACCCUUUGGAGAAAUAUCAGACUGUCGAGUAGUGAGGGACCCACAGACGCUGAAGUCGAAAGGCUACGGCUUCGUUUCAUUCCUAAAAAAAUCCGAGGCGGAAUCAGCGAUCACAGCCAUGAACGGACAAUGGCUCGGCUCGCGGUCGAUCCGCACCAACUGGGCGACGAGAAAACCUCCGGCGCCGAAGAAUGAACUGAACUCCAAGCCCCUGACGUUCGACGAGGUGUACAACCAGAGCUCACCCACCAACUGCACGGUGUACUGCGGCGGCCUGACCACCGGCCUCUCUGAGGAGCUCAUGCAGAAGACCUUCCAGCCUUUUGGCACCAUUCAGGAGAUCCGGGUCUUCAAGGAUAAAGGAUAUGCGUUCAUCAGAUUCUCAACGAAAGAAAGCGCUACCCACGCUAUCGUGGCAGUCCACAACACCGACGUCAACGGCCAGCCCGUGAAGUGCUCCUGGGGGAAGGAGUCCGGCGAUCCAAACAACGCACAAGCUCAAGGACAGCUCGGCGGCACGGCUUACAGUCCCUUCGGUGCCGCGUAUACCGCCGGUGGUGUGCCCCCCGCUUCGUACUGGUACAACACAUAUCCUCAGCAGCUUGGCGGCUUCCUGCAAGGAGUCCAAGGUGUCCAAGGCUAUUCCUACGCGGGGCAGUUUGCGGGCUACCAACAGCAAUAUAUGGGUAUGGGUGGCGUGCAGCUGCCGUGGGCGCUCGGAGGCGGCGUGGGGGGAGUGGGCUCAGUGGGUGGCGUGGCCGCCAUGUCCCAACCUCCGCAGGUCCUCCACUACCCAGUGCAGCACUUCCAAGUGCAGCCCAUCGGUGAAGAUGAAUGGCUGGCCCCGAGCCUCCUCGUGUGA